AUGCUAGACGCUUCCUACGAUCGCCCGCCCGCGACCGCGGUCGAGCUUGCCCGUUCUCGGACGCUGCGCAACAAUGCAUCCGUGUCCACAGCCGCCACGGCCACCACGACGUCGUCGUCGAGCCUUAGCCAUCGCGAGCCACAGCGACGCCGCAAGAUACCCAUAUACGUCCGCAUAGUCCAAAAGGACAUUUGGCUCAGAUUCCACGUGCACCUCAACGGCACCAUCGGAUCAAUAAAGGACCUCGCCCUUCAAAGGGCCAACGCGCCCGAAUCCGACCCAACGCAGUCCUCGUACUUCUACCACGAUGCCAUCAACGUAAGCGCGGCAGCAAAGAUGGCGCACGCUUCCGCUGCCAGCCAGAUCUUCGCAAGAUACCGUUCCGACCUGCUCCCAAAGUCAUUCGUAGCGGCCUGUCCCAGACCAUCAAGCUCCCUCCCGCGGCUCGCUGCGCGGUCCUUUGAGAUCAGUGCACCUGCGGGGCAGGCGGGCACCUCUCCUGCGACGUCGUCGCGGUCACGAUGGAAGGAGAAGCCCCACGCCCCGCAGAGCAACAACCUCCAUGGCGGUCACAGGGUUCAUCACGCAGGCUCUGCAGCCUCGGACACGUCAGCUCGUCAAGACAUACCAGUACCGCAGCCACCCGAACCGCAAAGCAGCAACCCCGCCUCGCUGCCGAAUGCCGAGAACCCGGACGUCGACUCGAACAGAUUUUACGACCCGACAUCUGCAGCGACGGCCGACGACACCCCGACGCCGGAAAGCAGCGCAAGCCAGUCGAAGGCCGCCCUCGCAGAGGAAGUGAGCGCCGCCGCGGAAGGCCAUCUCAAGGCGGAUCAGCCUCAGAUCUCAAUCGAGAAGCUCGGCCCAGGCCUGUUCACCGACAGGAGCCCGGACCCGUCCUACAGGGACAUCUCCUGGGGGGCACCCGUAACUUCGAUGCAGCUGCCCCUCGACCCAUUUGCCGGCGGCAAUGCCGAAGCCAAGGAGGAGGAGGCUCGAGCGCUUGCUCGCCUCUCUGGUUGGGGCCGCGCCGUGGCAGGCUCCACGAUCUCGCCAGCGGCAUCAGGACGCAGAUCCAUCGAUGGCGCCAUCGCUGGCCUCGUCCCACCCUCCCACAGCCCACUGUCGAGCGCGGGCCCAAGGGUGCAGGGCGCGAACAGCGAUGCGGGCAGGACUGGUGCCUUCACGGACGACGGUUCGACCUCGGAUGAUGAGCCACUAGAUCCGUCAGCGCUGCAAGGCGACUCGCGCCCCGUCCUAUCUUGCAUCGCGGCCACUCGGUCCUCGCACUCUCUGGCCGACACGGUCAGCAGCGGAUCCUCUGCGGAUGUCCUGACCACGACCGAGACGGACGGACUCUGGGGCACGCAGCUGGAAGAGCAGCUGCUCACCUCGCAGCAAAAGACGAGAUCGCCGCCAAGCGGCGGCGGCUUCAGGCCCGUCACUUCUCCCAGCGACCGAUCUCGAUCACGUACCGUCACUGCCGCCGACGUCGGUCGGACGCCAGAAGUUGGCGGUCUGGCUCUACUCGCCGCUGGCCCCGUUGCACACCAGCGCAUGAGCUCCGUGCCGACCACCACCGCGCCUCUGCGCAUGACAACGUCGCAGACAUUUACCUCGGAGAAUUCGGCCGCAUCCGCGAUCGCCGUAUCACCCGCAUCGACUCAGUCCAGCGCCGCGCGCGGCGACGGCGCUGCCUCGCCGUGGCUGGAUCGAGGUCGGCUGGCCGGCAUCAAUCUCGACGAGGUGUCGCAAUGGCGAGAGGCGACGCACGGCGCGUCGGACCGCUUCUCCAUCUACUCGUUCUCAAACGGGCUGCUGCUCGAGGACUGGAAGACGGUGGCGGCCUACAGACUGAGACCGUUCGAACUGCUCGAGCUGCAGUCUUCGUCGCCCGUCGAACGCGUCCACCUGGUCCGCGAUGUAGCUGGGAUCACGCGCGAGGCCGUGCGUGGGUCCUCACGUGCCAGCGCCUCGCUCGAGGGUGCCGUGCUGGAUCCUUACUAUGAAGGAUGGGUGUACGUCCUCAAGCCUUCCAGCACCUCGGCACGCCAAGCCGCAAAGGCCGUCAUCGGCACGUGGAAGCUUCGCUGGGUAACAAUCCGCGGAUGGAAGAUGGACCUCUUCCGAAAGAAGCCCAAGGCAGGAGAGAGUUCGGCACCGCCAAGCGCCUGCUACUGGCACCUGAGCCUGAUCAAGAAGAUCACCAGCGACAAGAUCGACUCCGCAACAGCUCACGCAGCCAAUCCUCCCCUGCCGGCCCUCGAGCAGAUUCCCGCGUGCAGCCUCACGGUGGCGUUUUCCGCCGCCAGCUGGGCUGCGGCAAUGCCGUCCGAGUUCACACUGCCAACCUCUGGCUCGAGCAUCACCAUGCGCUGCGUCACCCAGUACGAUCACGACGCUCUCCUCAACGUGCUGAAUCGGGCGCACGUCCGCAGUGUCGCACGGAAGCAGGGUUCCAUGGACGUGCAGCAGCUCGUGGAUGGAUGGAGGAGCGAUGCCGUCAUCAGGGCGACGAUCGCGGGCCGCGGAGGCACCGUCCAGCCAGGUCGGCUUGCGCAGACAAAGGGUGGCCGCAACGCAUUCGUGCGGGCCCGGCUCCGCCCGUCCGGUUGGCCCCGUGAGUUUGAGGAUGCCGAUCGAUGGAGCAGCGACAGCGAAGUCGAGGCUGCGCCGUCGAACGACAUGGUAUGGUCCGGUGACCGGGGUGCUUACGCCGGGUCCAAGGCUCCGAAACAAACGCUCUCGGGCUCACCAGGCACCCCGGACGCCCGGAGAAGCUUGGAUGCGGAGCGCUUGGGCACGACCACUUCGGCGCACGGGUUGCGCGCUGCGUACCUGCAGCAGCAACAGCAGCAGCAACCCUUCCAUGUCAAUAUUCUGGUGACGAAGCGGUCAUCGUCGCCACUCAACUCCGGCACGCCCCCAAGCACGUCGGGCCGCCGUUCCAAGCUCGGCCAGGCGAUAGAGGCGGCGAACUUGUCUGAAAACCGAGAAAUCGAACACGCCACCGGUCCUCUGCAGGCCGGAGCCCCUUCGCCUGCCUCCGAGGUCAGCCCUAACGACGGAUCCGGACCGGACCACAUCCACGGCGACAUCGGCGAACCAGCGCCCGCCAAGGGAUGCAACGACGCGCAUCGAGUCGCUGCAAUCAAAGCCUUCGGGUGCCACAGCAGCAACGACUGA